AUGAUGUCAAAGGUUGCUGUCUUUAUCGCUCUUGUGACCGUUGCGGCCGCCCAGUAUGGCCACAAUGAUCACCACGGACAUGGUCACGUCGCGUACUCCUCGCAGAGCAUCCACCGUCACGACGGACCCGCCCACGAGGUCGUCCACGAAGAACAUGACAAACAUGGACACGUACAUAAAGUCGUCGAUUAUUAUGCUUACCCCAAAUAUGACUUCGAAUACAAAGUGGAAGACAAGCACACCGGCGACAUCAAGUCACAGCACGAGACCCGUGACGGCGACAUCGUCAAGGGCUACUACGCUCUGCACGAGCCUCAUGGCUCCGUCAGGGAGGUGCACUAUGAAAGUGACAAGAAGACUGGGUAA